CAAAGGUUGUUUCACCAUCCUCGUGUUGUCAUCGCUGUUGUGGACUUGUAAACUUCUACCAGAGGGAAUCGAAUAAACAAAUCAUGUCAUACACCUGCAUAAGCUGCCGUGUGCAGUUUUCUGAUGGCGAGGUCCAGCGGGCGCAUUAUAAAACAGACUGGCACCGCUACAAUCUGAAGAGGAAGGUUGCAGACAUGCCCCCCGUCACGGCAGAAAACUUCCAGGAGCGAGUGCUGGCGCAGCGGGCAGCGGCCGAGCAGCAGAGCCAGAGUGCCGGACAUGAAGCGGCCUACUGCGCCACCUGCAGCAAAAAGUUCUCCACCGACAACGCCUACACCAACCACAUCCAGUCCAAUAAGCACCAGCAGGCGGAGAAGAAAGCCCUGGCUGCCGCACAGGAGACUGUACAGCGAAUGAACGAGAAGAAUCUGGAGAAAGGGGCGGGGCUAGAAAAAGAUGCACAGAAUGAGGCGAUUCAGAAAGCAGUUAAAGAGCAGCAAAGACACACCCCUUCCAAAGCCACGCCCACAGAGAAACUGGCCAGAGAGCGGCCUGACAAACCACCUCGGCUGCAAUGGUUUGAGCAGCAGGCCAAGAAGAUCGCAAAAGAGGAGGGUGAAGAAGAGGAGGAUUGGGAGGAUGUUGAUGAGGAUGAGGAAAUGGAUGAUGACGAUGAUGAUGAUGAAGAGGAAGAAGAGAUGGAGCAAGACUCUACAUCUGGGGCAGCUCUUGCCCCCGGUUCAAUCCUAGUGACAGACUGUCUGUUCUGCGGACAUCAUUCACACUCGCUCAGCCGAAACAUAACACACAUGACCAAAACACACAGCUUCUUCAUCCCAGACAUUGAAUAUCUAGUGGACCUGAGAGGACUGAUGUCAUACCUGGGAGAGAAAGUCGGCGUUGGUAAGGUAUGCUUAUGGUGUAAUGAAAAAGGGAAGUCAUUCUACUCUACAGAAGCAGUUCAGGCACACAUGACCGACAAGAGUCACUGCAAACUCUUCACAGAUGGAGACGCUGCACUUGAGUUUGCAGAUUUCUAUGAUUUCAGGAGCAGUUAUCCUGACGCUAAAGAUGGAGUUGAUGUGGAGAUGAAAGAUGGCGAGCUGCCUGAUGAAAAGACUGUGGAGUUUGACGACGAGACGCUGGAGCUCACUUUGCCCUCUGGUGCUAAAAUUGGCCAUCGUUCCCUAAUGAGGUACUACAAGCAGAGGUUUGGUGUUCAGAGGGCAUUGGUUCCAGCACAUAACCAGAAGGCUGUUGGUCGAGUCCUCAAACAGUACAAAGCUCUCGGGUGGACAGGAGACUUCGGUAAGGGUUUCGUGAGCCAGCAGCAGAAGGACAUGCAGUAUGUACAGAGGAUGAAGUCCAAGUGGAUGCUGAGGACGGGCAUGGGCAAUAAUGCCACUAAACAGACCCAUUUCAGAGCUCAAGUCAUGUUCUAAUCAUGUCUCCAUCAUCAGUAAACACAAACUACUCCGACAUAAAGUCAGCACAAGAGACUGAAAUAAGAAUCAUCUUAUCAUAUCUGUGUUGAUUCAACUGAGAACUACUGUUGAGGGACAGUUCGUUCGAAAAAUUAAUUCGGUCAUCAUUUAGUUACUCGUGUUUUGAAUGUUUCUGAGUUUCUUUCUUGUGUUAAACACAAAAGAAUAUGUUUUGAAGAAAGCUGGAAACCUGAAACCAUUGACUUCCAAAGUAUUUGUUAUGGAAGAUAAUGGUUUCAGGUUUUCAGGUUUCUUCAAAAUAUCUUCUUUAGUUAUCAGAAGAAAGAAACUCAUAAAGGUUUGAAACCACUUGAGGGUGAUUAAAUUUUUAAUGUGAACUGUCCAGAUAGAAGGUUGAAUCAUGAGAUUGAGUAAAUCUGUGUGUGAUGAAAGAUGUCAUCUGAUGGUAUCUAGUGAUCUGAAUCAUGUGCUGAUCCACUCUCAACAUAAGAAUAGGUGUUGUAAACCAUUCCAAAUGACCUUUACUACCAGUUAUAGUUUUAUUACGGCUUGUAAAAGGUAUAAAUAUCAUAUAGCACAUUUUCCUGAUUGUAACAGUUCAUUGUCAAUAAAAUAAGCAGUCAAUCA